CAUUUACAGUCCUUGGUACGGACAGCGUAGUGAAAGGCGGCCUAAGAGGCUGUGGCUUUCCGGAGCUCCAGACGGACGUUUUAAAAUUUACGAUUAAACGGUGAUAUAGUUUUACGGCAAAUACAGCAAUAAUAACCUCAGAGAUUAGUCUUUUCUACAGUCAACGAAACGGAAUAUGAGUUUGGAGCAAUGGAGUGCUAUCUCAAGUGAAGAUUGAGGACGUGAUAGAAGAUGAACCACUGCUACGCUUAUGCUAAGAUGGCGACGUCCAGUCAAAGAGAAGGUGGAAGAGAAUCAGCGCUACCAACUCCCAGCAAAUCAUCAAUGGAGAAAAAGCCCCAAACUGCAGAUAACGACAUUCAGCAGCUGAUUAAUCAUCAAGAAGAACGUCCCCCUCAGUCGCACGGGUGGAGCCCCACUUUGAAGCAGGAAAAUCCACAGCCCCCCCACAUUAAAGAGGAAGAGGAGGAACUCUGUAUCACUCAAGAGGGUGAUCUUACCAAGUUUCCACUAACAGGUGUCUUUGUGAAAAAUGAAGACAAACCACCUGAGUCCUUACAUUGGCCGUGUCCUUCAGACGUCCAGCAGAUGAUUGGUCAUCAAGAAGAGUGUCACCCGCAAAUGCACGGGGGGAGCUCCACUUUGAAGCAGGAGGAGCCACAGCCCCCCCACAUUAAAGAGGAAGAGGAGGAACUCUGUAUCACUCAAGAGGGUGAUCUUACCAAGUUUCCACUAACAGGUGUCUCUGUGAAAAAUGAAGACAAACCACCUAAGUCCUUACAUUGGCCGUGUCCUUCAGACGUCCAGCAGAUGAUUGGUCAUCAAGAAGAGUGUCACCCACAGCUUCACGGGGGGAGCUCCACUUUGAAGCAGGAGGCGCCACAGCCGCCUCACAUUAAAGAGGAAGAGGAGGAACUCAGGACCCUGCAGGAGGGAGAGUAUCUUCUAAGGCUGGAGGAAGCUGAUCUCACCAAGUUGCCACUGACUGGUGUCUCCGUGAAAACUGAAGAACAUGAAGACAAACCGCCUGAGUCCUCACAGCUUCAUCAUAGUCCAAGUGAGCAGAACAGACGAGCGGCGUCUCCAAACAGCAGCUCACCACAACACAUGACAACAGAAGCUGAUGGAGACCACUGUGGAGGAUCACAAGCAGACAACCUCUUAGCUCCACUGUCAGAUAGUGACAACACAACAUUAGACUCUCCUGAGGCUGAAGACAUGGACGACACACAAGAACCUUUGAGUAGUGAUACAGAUUGGGAAGAUGAUACUAGGAGUAACACUGACAAAAAACAUUCUGAAUGCUCUAAAAAGAAAACGGGUAAAAAACGUUUUACCUGCUCAGUUUGUGAUAAAAGAUUUACUUUUAAGUGCUAUUUGAACCAACACAUGCGGACACACACAGGAGAAAAACCUUUUUCUUGCUCAGUUUGUGUGAAAAGCUUUACUGAUAAGUCUGAUUUGACUCGGCACAUGCGGACACACACAGGAGAAAAACCUUUUGGUUGUUAUGUUUGUGGUCAAAGAUUCACUCAAAAGUCAUAUAUGCUAUCACACAUGAGGAUGCACACAGGAGAAAAACCCUUCAGUUGCUCAGUUUGUGGUAAAAACUAUUCUCACAAAAAUAGUUUAGCUUAUCACAUGCUGAAACACUCAGAAAAUCCUUUUGGUUGUUCUAUUUGUGGUCAAAGGUUCCAUCUCAAGUCACAAAUGGUAUCACAUAUGAUGAAGCACACAGGAGAACACCCCUUUGGUUGCUCAGUUUGUGGUAAGAACUUCUGUUCCAAACAGUAUUUAGAUUUCCACAUGAUGAAACACACAGGAGAAAUACCUUAUGGUUGUUCCGUGUGUGGUCAAGGAUUCCCCCAAAAGUCACGACUGGUAGCACACAUGAGAAAGCACACAGGAGAAAAACCCUUUAGUUGCUCAGUCUGUGGUCAGAACUUUCCUUACAAAUCUAGUUUGACUUACCACAUGCGGAAACACACAGGAGAAACACCAUUUGGUUGUUCCGUUUGUGGUCAAAAGUUCCCUUUAAAUUCACGACUGGUAUCACACAUGAGAAAGCACACAGGAGAAACCCCCUUUGCUUGCUCAGUUUGUGGUAAAAACUUUUGUACCAAACAGUAUUUAACUGUUCACAUGCUGAAACACAGAGAAAAAUCUGUUAGUUGCUCAGUUUGUGAUAAGAAAUUCAAUUCCACUGCAAGUAUGGUAGAUCACAUGAGAACACACACAGGAGAGCCUUUUCGUUGCUCAGUUUGUGGUGAAAGCUUUUCUCAGCGACACCGUUUGUCUUAUCACAUGCAGAAACACAAAGGCAAACCCUUUAGUUGCUCAGUUUGUGGUAAAGGUUUCUCUGGGAGGCAAGCAAGUAUCUACCACACUAAAGCUUGUCAAGAACGGUUGGAGGCAGCCUCAGAUAGUCAGCCGAAACAUUAUUGGAACCAAAAAGGCUUUGAAUGGUCUUUCUGAUGACAGAUGACUAAUGCAGUCCCUAUCAUGUGAUCAUAUGCGAUGUGAGGGGAAAUGAGGUAAUUGAGAGUGUCAAAGAAAAACAGACCUGAGUUGUGUGUACAAUAAUACAUGACACAAGAAGAGAAACCUUCCUAGCAAAAUUAUAUAAAAGUGAAAUCUAAUGGUAAAUAUUGAUGUCAGAAUGAAACAUAUCACUUGGUAUAUGAUUGCAAAUGCAAGACUGCGUAUUCAGCUGAAAGUGCACACAACUGGGCGUAGUACGCAACCCAAUUUUCGUAAAUAAGCGAGCAGGGUGGGGCAGGGUGCACAGCGGGUACUAUGUAUUCGCUUCCUCUGAGUGGAGUGUAAAAUAAAAUUAGUGCAGUGCGUACACUUUGAUGAAAUACAUGUUGAUCAGAAUAAAUAUAUAUACACAUACACAGUGGUGUGAAAAAGUGUUUGCUCAUUUCUUAAUUUUUUGCAUGUUUUUCGACUUAAAUGUUUCACAUCAUCAAACAAAUUUAAAUAUUAGUCAAUGACAACACAACUGAACACAAAGUGCAGUUUUUAAAUGAAACUUUUUGAUAUUAAGGCAGAACAAAAUCCACAUCCACAUUGCCCCUUAUGAAAAAGUGAUUGCCCCCUAAACCUAAUAACUGUUGGGCCACCUUUAGCAGCAACAACUGCAAUCAAGCGUUUGCAAUAACUUGCAGUGAGUCUCUUACAGCGCUGGGGAGGAAUUUAGGCACCACUCAUCUUUGCAGAAUUGUUGUCAUUCAGCCACAUUGGAGGGUUUUCCAGCAGGAAGCACCUUUUUAAGGUCAUGCCACAGCAUCUCAAUAGGAUUUAAAAGUCUUCAUUUUGUUUUUCGUCAGCCAUUCAGAGGUGGACUUGCUGGUGUGAUUUGGGUCAUUGUCCUGCUGCAGAACCCUUCAGCUUGAGGUCACGCACAGAUGGCCAGACAUUGUCCUUCAAGAUUUUUUGGUACACAGCAGAAUUCAUGGUUCCAUUUAUCACAACAGGUCUUCCAGGUCCAAGCAGAAAAACAGCCUCAGACCAUCACACUACACCACCAUAUUUUACUGUUGGUAUGAUGUUCUUUUUGUGAAAUGUGGGGUUACUAUUACGCCAGAUGUAACGGGACACACACCUUCCAAAAAGUUCAACUUUUGUCUCGUCAGACCACAGAGUAUUUCCUCAAAGGUUUUGGGGAUCAUCAAGAUGUUUAUCACUUUUUCACACAGGACUGUUUUUUUUCCUCCAUUAAUACUUGAAAUGUUUCAUUUAAAAACGCCAUUUUGUAUUCAGUUGUGUUGUCAUUGACUAAUACUGCAUUUAAAAUUUGAUAAUCUGAAAGUGUGACAAACAUGCAAAAAACUAAAUCAGGAAGGGGGCAAACACUUUAUCACACCACCGUAUAAUAGGUAGGGUAGGGUAAUGUAUGCAGCCCUACAUCUCCAUGAAGACCUUGAGUAAUGUGUAAGAAUCCAUUGUAUCGCACAAAUGUCACCUACAUGUAGACGUCAAUAAAAAGCUGAGCAGCAAUACGAAGGAAACGCGUUUCUUCUUUUACAUAAGAAUAUAGUCACAGUUGAAGGGAAAAUAAAACAAAUAAACUUUAGGGGCAGGCUUUGCAUUUGGCAUCGGCUCAUCUGCUCUGGGGGAGGGCAGAUGUAGCAAGAUGCUAUGGCCUCUGCUGGACAGGCACAGCCAUAGCUAUUUGUAGUUUCACUGUUCUACCACUAGGUUUUGUGUGUACACACGGUAAGAGUUGUGCAUAAAUGUAUGCAUUUUCCUACACAUAAAUACAAGUGGAAUGUUCUUGCGCACACUCCACGUAUAUAUCUCUGCAGUGGUUUGCUUUGCAAGAUAUCAGAAAAAAUGUUGAUUGCUCUUUUCAAAGUCAAAGCUGAUGUGUGUGACUAUCUUGUUUUGCCUGAAACACAAAGAUAAUAGGUCUGCUUUCAUAUAAGGAAAUAAAAAAAUAGUCAUUUCAAAGGCUAAAAUGAUAUUUACAGUACAUUUUUAAUUGGAACGAUGAAUCGAUUACCAGAAUAGUUGUUGAUUAAUUGGAUAACCGAUUAAUAAUCGAUUAAUCGUUGAACCUCUACACUUCACUGAUAUACACGUACAUUCAUAAAAUAAUGGACACUGCUGCACUACUGCUAGCUUUGUUGACGCUAUAUUACACAACACUUACACGCAGGCUAUGGGAUCUCUGCAGGGACACAAGACGAAAGCCGCUUCAAGCAUAGCAAGUUACCGCACUAGUUAACCUCCAAUUAAUGUAUUGUAAGGGUUACGCAGAUUGUUGGGGGGUACGUGAAUUACAAUUAAAAAUGGCUGGACUAUAUUAGUGUCAAACACUGAGAUUUCCAUAAUGUGCUCCAACGCCUCAUGUGAAGACCCACAGCAGUUAGGAUGGUGCAGAACAAAGGUGAUAGCAUGAAGUUGUUCAUUGUUGUGUGUGCAUUAGAUGAACAAAUAAGUCUGAUAAUGACAUUAUGUGUUAUAAAAGUGUUUAAUGAAGUUUUUUCAAGAUCAUUUCUAUUGUGUGCUCAUCAUCAUUAAUUUCCUUAUUGAUUUCUGUAUGUUAUGUGCCUUUGUUUUCAUCAUGAUUUAUAAUUAUUACAUUUACAUGUAAUAUUAGUUGCAUUGUACUGAUUAUUUCCAUGCUGAUGCAGACCACGGCACAGCAAAAAAGCGUGAACAGUUAGUUCACCACAUCUUACCACAGCUUGUUGCCACUUGGUAUAAAUAAAUUCACCAAACAGAA